CGAGCCGUCAGAAAGAUGGAAGAUGGACCUCAUGGAGAAAACCUUCGACCUUGCGAUCAGUUCCAUCUUUUUCUUUAUAGUGGGCGUGCCAGCCCCCAGCAAUGAGGAUCCGGCGCCCCCGACCUUCGCAGAUGCCUAUACAGCUAGUGGAUUCAUUCUUCUGCCGUACGCCACAUUGAGAGAGCCUUUCACCGCAAACUACGACGCGAAACAGAAAAAAUCUCGAAUCGACUACUACGAUGGAACGAUGAAAACGUUCCAAAUCAACACUCCCUACACGGAGAGUCCCAACGGCGCGAACUUCAAGAUCGUGUGGAGCCCUAAUCGCGCUCACGUUGUGGAAGAAGUCUGUUACCAGGCCAACGCUACCGAGGCCGCACCGGUGAAUGUACAGAGUGUGUUCCCGGAUCUCCACUGGUUCAAGUUUGCAGGCGAAGUGGACUGCGCCGACGGGCUGUCUGAUCCGAACCUCGUCGCAAAAAAGAAAUGCAUGACAUGGACGAAUGUGACCACGAAUUUCGGUCGGAAUAGCACCUACACGUUCUACGCAAUAAAGGACAAAGACACCUAUAUUCCAGUCCGUUACACCAUGCUCGGUUACGACUCGCUUUUCGGCUCUCAUUACGACCUAUACGAAAUGAUCUACACCAGCUAUACCACUGGGGCUCAAGACGCGACCGUUUUCGACGUUGUGAAGGUGGCCGCAGCGGGAAGGUGUGUUCCCUACCCCGAAGGAUCAGGGCUCUCCUCCGGACAUCUCUUCAAUCCAAUGAGAGUCUUCAUCCAUCGCGACGAAAGUCACGUCGAUGAGCACUUCGAGCACUUCAAGAAGCAACACUCGAAGCGCUACGAAGACGCUGAUAAUGAAAAGCUACGCAAGGACAAUUUCCGUAACAAUCAACGCUACAUCGACUCGAUGAAUCGCAAGAAUAAGGACUUCAAAUUGAGAAUCAACCAUCUCGCUGACCUUCAUCAAGAUGAGAUGAAGUUCCUACGCGGCAGGAAGUACGUCGCUGGACCGAACGGCGGCAAAGUUUUUCCCGCCGAGAACUUCAUCGGCCGGGAACUGCCCGACUCCGUUGAUUGGAAGCCUAGAGGAGUGGUCACCGAGGUGAAGGAUCAGGCUAUCUGCGGCUCAUGCUGGAGUUUCGGAGCUACCGGGAAUAUCGAGGGCAUGUACGCUCGCAAGCAUGGGAAGUUGGUCAGAUUCUCCGAGCAACAAUUGAUCGACUGCUCAUGGAAGUUCGGCAACGGGGGUUGCGAUGGGGGUCAGGACUACCAGGCCUACCAAUACAUCAUGCAACACGGAUUGUCCACCGACAAGGAAUACGGAGCUUACAUGGGCAUCGAUGGAAAAUGCCACGAUGGUCCUGCGCUUAAAAGAGAACUUCCGACUCUGCUUGGAUACGUGAACGUCACCGGGGAGAAUGAUCUGAAGAGAGCUGUGGCUUUUGUCGGUCCCAUAUCCGUCGGGAUCUUCGCUGCUUUGCCAUCCCUCUCUUUCUACCAUACGGGGAUUUUCAAUGACAAAGACUGCAAGAACGGCCUCGCUGAUCUGGACCACGCAGUUCUAGCAGUCGGUUACGGAGUCAGCCACGAGGGUGAGGCUUUUUGGAUCGUUAAAAACUCCUGGUCUACUCUUUGGGGUGAUGACGGCUACGUGAAGAUCGCUAUGAAGAAUAAUAUCUGCGGGGUGACCACGGCUGCUACCUAUGCACUCGUCCCGUGAAGACUGUAACUAUUCGAAAUUGUCGGAGUCAGAGAUAAAUAAAGAAGGCUCCGUAUAGGCUAUCUUUGGCUAUACGGGUUCAUCGGAUCCCCACCAAGGGUCUUUUCGACAUUAAA